AUGAGUACUGUUUUUCUCGACAAUCAGAUUGGUAGAUUCCUUUUUCGUCUUCCCUGAACCCGAUCGAGCAAAACAAACAAUGGAGCCGGCAGCCGACAAGGCCGCUGCGUCGGCGGCGGCCAGCGACGACGCCAUCCAAGAGGAGUCCCCUGCCCCGGUCCAGAACGGGAAGCGAGGAUCUGAGACGGCCCCUGAGGUGGAGGUGCAGCUCUUCCGGCGGGGCCGGGGACCGGUGGCCGUGUUCCGGUCGCCGCUAGGCGGGUGGACGCAGGACCAGCUGGAGGUGGGAGACAUCCUGGAGAAGCACGGCCUCAAGUGCGUCUUCGCCUUCGACCCCGCGUCCAGCGCCCGCGGCGUCGCCAUCCGAUUCAACCCCCGCAACGGCCGCUCCCUUCUCCCCUACGCCCCCAACUCCACCAUCUUCCUCGAUGGCGAACCCAAGGAUUCUCUGUUGAAGCCCAUAACGAAGGUGAUGAUCAGUGUCGCUGCAGUGACAAUGGUAGCUGCGGUGUUACUAAAGGAGGUGAAAAUGCCCGAGUGGGUUAAGACAUCCAAGCUGGGAAACCUGAACUUCCCACCAUGGGUGCUUGCUUGCAUGGUCAUUGUGUUUAUGAGGCUCCGGAAGAGAACCAAGUAUGUCAUGAAGAAGAUUGGCUUGUCCUCAUGAGCAGGCUGUAUCAUGGCAAGCACAAUGUUCUUUUGGCUGCUCCUUCCAGUUUGUCGGCAAUGUUGGAGAUGUAGCAGGCAGUGACAUACAUGUAAAUGUUCAUGUCUCUUUGAUCAUAACAAAUACAUCAUCUUAUAGAGAAAUUGUAUUUAGUAUAUACACUAUGCAGUUUGCCAGUGUGGCAUUUUUGCUUGUACCAAGUAAUGUAAGAAUAAGAGUAGCCGAACAAAUUGGUGUUCUAAAUUGUGUUUAUGUUCCC